AGAUUUUCAUUGGAACUCGAGUUAACUUUCAAUUUGAUUUCGUGUACAAUUUUGAUCUGUGAGAUCUGACUCCUCUUUAACCUUGGUCAUUUCUUUGAUUGACUCAUGAUUCUAGUUUCUUGCGGUAAUUGAGUUUUCAUUGUGAUGGGUUGAUGUUGCUUCUUCUUCUUCUACUUCUCCACGAUACUGUCUUUUUCCCUUGUUCGUAUCGCUAACUUAUUUCAAUGUUGAGAAUACAUACACGUCUCUGUUUUCUGACUUUUCUCUUCAAUUGCAUAUAUUGAUUGCCAUGUAAUAAUGAUAUUUAGCUUCGGUACGAGCUCACCUGAGGAAUCUGUUUUAUAUUUAGUUAGCAUUCUUCCUUUUAGUAGACAUAUGGCUUCAAAGAUUACUGCUGGAAAGCCGGAUGAUUCUGAGUAUGAAAUCAUUGAAGGCGAAUCUGAGAGCGCUUUAGCAGCCGGGACAAGCCCUUGGAUGAAUUCUGCAACCUUGAAGCUUAGGCAUCGAAUUGGAAGAGGUCCCUUUGGUGAUGUUUGGCUGGCUACUCAUCACCAGUCAACCGAGGACUAUGAGGAGCAUCAUGAAGUGGCGAUCAAAAUGCUUCAUCCUAUCAAGGAGGAUCAAAGAAGGAUUGUGGUAGAUAAGUUUGAGGAUUUGUUUUCCAAGUGUCAAGGGAUAGAGAAUGUCUGUCUGCUCCGAGGAGUAUCUAGUAUCAGUGGAAGGAUAUGCAUCAUCAUGAAAUUCUACGAGGGCUGUGUUGGUGACAAGAUGGCUCGGCUUAAAGGAGGAAAGCUUUCACUGCCUGAUGUAUUGAGAUACGGGGUUGAUCUGGUUACAGGGAUCCUGGAGUUGCACUCAAAAGGGUUUCUGAUUCUCAAUCUUAAGCCCUCUAACUUUCUUCUCAGUGAUAACGACAAGGCCAUCCUCGGUGAUGUUGGAAUCCCGUAUCUUCUUCUUAGUAUCCCCUUGCCAAGUUCUGAUAUGACAAUGAGACAUGGAACUCCAAACUAUAUGGCCCCAGAACAAUGGCAACCGGAAGUAAGAGGUCCCAUGUCCUUUGAGACUGAUUCUUGGGGAUUUGGAUGCAGUAUUGUGGAAAUGCUGACUGGUGUACAACCUUGGUGUGGGAGAUCCGUCGAUGAAAUAUACGACUUAGUGGUGAAAAAGCAAGAAAAGCUUAAUAUCCCCAGUGGCAUACCGCCUCCGCUCGAGAACCUACUUCGGGGCUGUUUUAUGUAUGAUCUUCGCAGCCGACCAUCGAUGACUGACAUCUUACACGUCUUGAAGAGCUUGCAGAACUCGGAGGAGGAAGAGGUCUGGAGAGGCAUUGAUAGUAGUAGAGAAAUCAGGAAGAGCUCGGCUACUCUCGGUUAUACAGAAUGGUUUCUGUCAAAGGAUCAUCUGCAAGUGGGAGACACGGUGCGUUCAAGAAAGCCUGCCAAUUCGGGUAAGCACGAGGACAUGGAUGUGCCAGAAGGAAUGGUGGUUGGUUUAGAACGCGACACCGACCCAGAUGAAUAUGCGCUGGUUAAAGUCCAUGGUGUUCAUGAUCCGUUAAGGGUUCAUGUCUCUGUUCUUGAACGGGUAACUAACGGCUUAGCUUCUGGAGAUUGGGUACGUCUGAAGGACGGAGAAGACAAGAGGCACUCUCCGGUUGGUAUUCUCCAUUCAAUCGACCGUGAUGGAAAUGUAGCUGUUGGGUUUAUAGGACUGCCAAUACUCUGGAAAGGAACUGCAUCUCAGCUUCAGAUGGCUAAAGCAUACAGUGUGGGUCAGUUUGUGAAGCUCAAAGCCAAUGUUGUUAUCCCGAGAUUCAAAUGGAUGCGUAAAAGUAGAGGAAUUUGGGCAACUGGCAGGAUCUCUCGGGUUUUACCAAACGGUUGCCUCGAGGUGAAUUUCCCUGGAGUGUUACCUUUCGGAGAGGAACGUGCAAGUUGUCUUGCAGAUCCAUCUGAAGUAGAGAUUGUGAAUUUCAAUACUUGUCAAGGAGUUGUGAAAAAAUAUCAGCAUCUGGAGGAUUUUCACUGGGCUGUGAGACCUUUGCUGAUUGCCAUGGGUCUAUUGACAGCAAUGAAGUUAGGAUUCUUCGUUGGAAACAAAAUAGGAAGAUCAAAGGAUGUGAAACAACGCGAAGGCACGAGUGGACAAGGAGAUUGUCAGAUUGUGGAUGGUCAGGACUCUGGCAAAUCUAAAUGGCUUGUGUUCAGUGUUUAAGGCCGUGAUUAGGUGUGUCAAACCUGGUCAGGUGUGGUCUUUGUUUCACACUGUUCUAGUAAUGGGAUACAUGUUUCAUGAUAGUACAUGUACAUAAUAACUUCCUUUUUCCCUCUUUGAACUUUGUGAAAUACUUUCUCGUCCUAUAUAUAUGAUGGGAUUAAGCAUAUACCAUCAUCUUUUAACCAAA